GUUGAGAGCAGAAAGGCAAGGGAAGAGAUGAGGAGCUGCUUUCCACAGGAACACUGAGGCUGCCUGCCUGGCUGUGCUGCCGGGGAAUCCAUCCAUGUCCCUUCCCUUUGUCUCUCCAUAAUUGGCCACGGCAGGUUUUCACAGCCAGAGAGGAGGAAAGCGACUUGGAGAUCUAAAAGGAAAGGACGAAGGAGAGUGAAGAAAGGAAGAGUGAAGAGAAAAGAAGAGGAGGAAGGGAGGGAGAGCCUCGUGACAAUGUUUUGAAGGGGAGACAAAGCAAAAAAGCAGGGACUGCUCGGCCAGAGGUUCAUAAAGCAGAGUGCUGGUUGGGAUUUGGAGUGUAUUUCCUCACAUUGUCAGUCUUUUUAUCCACAAGACUCACAGAUUCAAGACUGUUUGUUAGUGUUUGUCAUGCAGAGGGAACAGACAGGAAUUAGAUUUCUUUGUCUUGUUUUGGAGUCUAACUCUGGGUCAAGAAGGAUGUUUGUAUCAAAUUUUUUAGGGUAAAUCAUCACCGCUGACAGAAAAGUCAGUGUUCAAGUGAGCUGCUGGUUAUUUGUGUGAUGUCUUCUUGAGGAACUGAGAGUCUCUAAUCAGGUCUGUUAACUCCAGGCCACAAGGAUUUAACUCACUGCCCAUCUACUCCAUCAACUAUCAGGGUCAAGUAGCCUUAACCUGAAAAGUAUUGGACAUAAACGUCUCAAUUUGUCCUUUUUAGUCUGAGACAAGAUCUCAGCAAAGUUGACUUUGUGAUAUUGGAGAGGUCAAGAACCCAACGAUUUCCUGGGUUUGCCAUCCGAACAUCCACACAUUUGAUGCAUCCUGUCCAAUGGUGUAACGGGUGUCUGUGUGACCUAGGAUUGCAGAACUCUGACCCAUAUUGCAAGAUGACAUCAGAAGAGCUCUUCCACCUGCCGCUCAAUGUCUACAUCAUCAUCCUGGGCAUUGGCCUCUUCAUACUCAUGCUCAGCCUCAUCUUCUGCUGCUACCUGUUCAGACUCAGACAAGGUGCAAGAGAACAGUAUGGCUACAAUGAGGUUGUUUUGAAAGGAGCGGGGAAGAAACUCAGCCUUCUUGGUCAAACAUGUGCAGUGUGUUUAGAAGAGUUUCGCAGCCGGGAUGAGCUGGGAGUGUGUCCAUGCUCCCACGCUUUUCAUAAGAAGUGUCUGCUAAAAUGGUUAGAGAUCCGUAGCGUCUGUCCCAUGUGCAACAAGCCCAUUUGUCGCCUCCAGCCUGACCCCCCACAAGCUCCGGAGCGGCCACAGAGUCUCCUGGAGGUCUGAGAGGGGGGAAAGCAUGUCACACAGCACCUCACGCUUUCCAGCUGAUUGACACCCAUCACUAUAGAGGGUCCUGUUUCCCCCAUCCGACAGGUUGUAGCUUUAGUAAUGCAAACAUUUUUGAGGCAGAGCUGCUGUGGAAGCACAAAUUAUAUGAAUGUGAGAGUUAAACUGAAAGUGCCCAACCAAAGAACCAGAGUGCAGUUAUUUAGUGAUUCAGUGAAGGAAGUAAAUAUCAACAUUCAAAAUAUAAAUGUUGAUAUGUAAGAGUAAAAUAAUCCUAGCUCCAGAGAUCCGCUUACGAGCUUUCAACUGCCUCUCACUGUCUUAAUUCAGCUAAUGGAGCCGUCAUAAAUGUGACACUUUGAUCACGUCAUUCCUAGUGGUUGUAUAUGUGUGAGGAUAA